GGCGUUGAGCGCCCAGAGGCCACAGAGGCGUGGUCCUCCGGGGUCCAGAGCGUCCCGCAACCGGGUGGGCGGGGCCUCCUGGAGGCGGAGCACUUCCGGCCGACACGCGGGCGGUCUUCUCCCGCUUGCAAGGUGCACACUCCUUGAGAUGGCAACCUUAGAGGACACUGAGGAGUCCACUCCUGGCUUGUCACCCAGCAGUCUCUCAUCACCAGGGCCAGCUGGGGACCAUCACCAUGUGGCACAGCUGCACCUCCAUGGGCACCCUCACGGCUCCCCCAGUUCCAGUCCUGAGAUGCCUUCCCAGGCAGCAGACCUGGACCUCCAAGACACAGAGGAAGUGAAGGUCAGCAGAGACACCUGGCCUGACUCUGAGUGGGAGCCCAAGAAGACUCCAACUUCUCUCAAUUCCCACAGUCCUGAAGGUGGGCUGGCCUCAGAUGGAAGGCCACCGAGGGGCCUCUUGAAGAGUCUUCCCAGCAUCUCUAAGUGUGGAGACAGCUUUGGCCAAGAAUGUACCUUGGAGCAUCCAGCAGGCCUAUCUCCAGGGACCAUGCCCUGCUCUCAGAAGAGGGACACUUGGCACAUGGGACUCUUGCCACAGGGAGCCCAAGGGACUGAGGACAGCGCCAAGAAGGCUGCUGAGCGGUACAGUAAUUUGGGUCACAGCUGCCAACACACCGGCCAACAGGGCACCAAGCCACACCGCUGCGAAGCCUGUGGUAAGAGCUUCAAGUAUAACUCUCUGCUACUGAAGCACCAGCGCAUCCACACGGGGGAGAAGCCUUACGCCUGUCACGAGUGCGGCAAGCGCUUCGGCAGUUGGUGGGGCUCAAUGCAGCACCAGCGCAUCCACACGGGCGAGAAGCCCUAUGAGUGCGGCCAGUGUGGCCAGGCCUUCAGCCACAGCUCACACUUCACACAGCACCUGCGCAUCCACAAUGGCGAGAAACCUUACAAGUGUGGCGAGUGCGGUCAUGCCUUCAGCCAGAGCUCCAACCUGGUGCGCCACCAGCGGCUGCACACGGGGGAGAAGCCGUAUGUCUGCAGCCAGUGCGGCAAGGCCUUCAUCUGGAGCUCCGUGCUCAUCGAACACCAGCGCAUUCACACGGGUGAGAAGCCCUACAAGUGCGAAGAUUGCGGCAAGGCCUUCCGAGGCAGAUCACACUUCUUCCGCCACCUAAGGACUCACACGGGUGAGAAGCCCUUCGCCUGUGGCACCUGCGGCAAGGCCUUUGGCCAGAGCUCUCAGCUCAUCCAGCACCAGCGGGUGCAUUACCGCGAGGAGCGCACACCCCAAUAAAUUGUGUGGGUGAACCUGGCUACUCCCGGGUGGCAUGCAGACGGUUUACAGGUUCAUGGCAGGACAUGGCCCAUGUCCAAGUAUGAUGGUUAAAGAAACUGUUUCGUGCUAACCAUCCAUCUUGGUACCCACUAGCUAUUUGUCUCUGACUCCAGUCCCUGGAGGAUAAGUUCCCAAUAACUCAGUGAUCCCCCCACCCGGAAAUGCACAGCCAUGCCCAUCUCCUUGUUAAGCUAUGACUGUUGGCUUCUGUAACCUGCAUAUGCAGCCAUUCAAGGACUAUUUUGAGUUCUCCUUGGCUACAUAAUCUUGGCAGAGCAGAACAGCACGUGGCUUGUUUGUGCAGCUACUCAAGGACUUCUUAGGGGUUUUGCCUUUAAAAAUCCUUCCCUCUUCCCUUCGCACAGCAGUCUCUAGUUUGGCUCAGAGAUUGCUGUCUGCUAGCAGGUUUAUUAAAUGUAACUCGUUAUAAUCUGGA